AUGCCAUCUGUGGAACCCGCAACCCGCAGUCCAUCACCCAACACUCACCAAGCACCAACUCCCCCUUUCCAGCCAUCCCCUCCACCAUUCCAGCCAUCCCCAUCAGCUUCGCCGGAGCCCCCUGACAUACGCUACCCAAUAUUCCGACCGGUAGUGUUUCCAGAUACACCGACGCCGGGGAGCGAUCAGGAAGAAGCCGAUCAGCCGGCGAGUGUCGCUGCAGCCUUCCUCGAAGAGCCGUCUGUGCGCUUAGCAUACCUCGAAGCAUGCCUUGCUAAUAUUUUCGGUAAUGCUACCAUCGAGCAAGCGACCAAUCAGUUGAAUGGUACCCUCAACGCGCUCUCUAUUGCCGGUGUCCUACCGCUGGUCCCGCGCCCUGUUCGGACUCUCGUGAGUGCAAAGAGGCGUCUUGGUUUGGACGCUGACCAGUACAUCACACAAUAUGCACUCUGCACGGUCUGCUGGAAGCAUUAUACCCCGGCAGAGGUUCUGGAGCUCCCAUCGACCCACUGUAUUCUAGAGGAUUGCCACGGAGAUGUGUUUGAAACAUACAAGGACUCCAAAGGCAAGACGAAGAGAAGGGCACUGAAGAUCAUGCCGCAUACAUCGAUUAUCGGGACACUACGACGCUUUUUCAGGCGCCCCGGCUUUGCGCAGAUGAUCCGAGAUAGCCGUAACGACAUCCUGGACAAGAAUGAUGAUGAGAACUUCAUCAUGAGGGACAUUUCGGACGGGUCUAUUUGGCACCUGAGCCGGACACAACUCUCACGAGAACUGGGAGACAAUGGAAGAGUGCGCGAUGUUCCCAUGGACGGAGGGGGCCGCAAGCUAACGAGCCAUCGCUUCGGCUUACACCUCACGAUGAAUGCUGACUGGUUUGGCAUGCUCGAGCGACCACAUUCAACGGGCCCGAUCUAUUACUGUAUCAACGACCUUCCCAUCCAAGAGCGCUUCGUCCAGCGCAACAUGCUUUGCGCAUGCAUCAUGCCCGGCCCGAAGGAACCAACGGCCCAACAGCUCAAUCACUGUAUGGAGCCGUCUACGAAGGAAAUUGCGGAACUGAAGAAAGGUGUGAAGAUGGAUAUCUUUGGCGAAGAACCACAAGACGUCUUCGCUGAUGAGACCCUAGAUGAUUGCGACACUCCUGGCGCUCGGAAGAUGUGCGGAUUGGCAUCCCACACCCACAGAAUGCAGCCCUGCCCAUGGUGCCAUGCGAAGAGUACAGAUAUAAACAAACUGGAGGGAUACGAACCUGAUAGCUUUGUGAAGAAGGAUGACUCGGAGCUGCUGCGCCAGUCUUUCAUCUCGAAGGAUGCUCAUCCACUACGACAGACUCAGAUCUUGGAUGACUACGGCAUACGAUGGUGCGUCAAGAGUCUGCUGCCUGAAUGGCUUCCGACGAGGAAGUGCGCUCUCGACUUCAUGCACAAUAUAUUCCUUGGCAUCAUUGGACAUCUAUUCGUCAAAGCACUCUUUGCAGGUUACAUGUUUUCAGCAGCCGGCGGUGCCCACUCUUCAAAGCAGCGGUUCGAAGAUCUUGUUAACUCGGUGCAAUGGCCUAGCCAUGUCACACGAUUGCCCAAGAACCUCGGAGAGAACCAGUCGCUGAAGAAGGCUGAUGAAUGGCGGAGGCUGCUUCACAUUACCCCCGUCCUGCUUUGGUGGGCCUGGAAAGAUGGUGCCGAUGAGAUUCCCAAUAGCGAGCCCCCGCUCCCGAGCAAUACGAAGAGCAAGCCAACUCAUUCACGCAACCGUAGGUCACUGUAUUCCGCAAUAUUGAAGCUUUGUGCUGCAGUACGGAUCCUUGCAUCUCGCACGAUAUCGAUGGCCCAGGCUCGGUCGGGACAAGAGUUUCUCGCUCAGUACUGCAAGCAGCUUCUGCGGCUUCGAGUUCCCUUGGUUAUCAAUCAUCAUCUAUCUAUGCACUUUGCGGAGAUGAUCAAGCUGUUCGGGCCGGUCUAUGGGUGGUGGCUUUUUGCCUUCGAGAGGCUGAACGGCAUGUUCGAGAAGGUAAAUCAUAACGGGCAUGAUGGCGGGCGGAUGGAGCUCACGCUCAUGCGGAGCUGGGUCCAGACCCAGCUCCUGUAUGAACUACUGAUCUCGCUCCCCCCAUCUGCUCAUGAUCUCGAGCGCCAGCUUCUGGAUCGCUAUAUCGUAUCCGAAGCACGUUCCCGGGGAUCGAUGAUGACACAGAUUGCGAUCGCACGCAGCAAAACUGCCAUCCAAAAUGUUCAGCUUCCUCGUCAA